CGUUUCGUGCGCGUUUGCGGGCCGUCGUUUGUUCGCUGCGCUAAAAAAACUAAUUUCUUUCGUUUCCGUGCCGUGUUUCGUGUUAAAGUUGAGUGCUGCCUGUUCACUACGCAAGAUGGAUCAAUAUCCAACCGAGGAGGAAGAGUUCGAGCUCGUGUACGGCGAUGAUCUUGAUGCGAUGGACGAGCUAGACGACGAACCACCGCCAGCGGCCCGCAAUGCUCCGUCCGUACCGGGUACACCGUCCGCAAUCGGUGGUCCCCGAGCAUCGAGCUCCUGCUCAAACUACCGAACCCCGGGCCAGCUCGGUACGAUCGACGAAAGCCCGCUUGCCAGCCCAGCACUGUCCGUCAUCACCCGGGGCAGCAGUACCGCACACAAACGACUGUUCGAUACUCCCGGCCCAUCGUCUCAAUCGACGGCACCGAACGGUGUCGGUAAAUAUGGACGUGCCGCGUCCACACCCUUCCCCGGCGCGACUGGUACCGCAAAUGCACUUGCCACACUGCAACAGAUGGACGCCAAUCCGCGCAAGCGGCGACUGGAAGCACUGUUCGGCGACAUACAGGACAUUGAGGAGGAACCGUUCGAGGAGGAGUACGUGUACAGCUCGCAGAAGAAGACGAAAACGGAGGAGGAGCAGGAUAUGGAGCUGAUCGAACGGAUACUGGAAGCGCGGCACCGGUACAAUGCGGUAGCAAACCCUUUGAAACCGUCGAUGCUAUCGCGGGCCGAAGCGUUGCAUCGCUUCAAGAUGGAUAAUAUUUCACUAGAACCACCCAAGUGGCCUUCGAUGACGAUCAAGCGGGACGACAAAACGUGCGUGUACGUUCGCUUCCAUUCGGAGGAGUUUGAGAAGGACCAAAUUGAUGAAAUCAGUUGCACCAGCGGUGCUCGAUACAAUGGACUGCUCGGAGCGGAGAAGGAGCGAAUCUGGCGUGAAGCUAAUGAGAUUGUAGCAAAACGGUUAACCGAACCGGCCAACGCUAUUGCCGCCCCGGCGUCCGAGGUGGAGGAAAUCGUCAUACCAAGCGAAAGCAAUGUACUGUGGGUGGAAAAGUAUCGCCCCCGGCGAUACAUCGAUCUGCUGUCGGACGAAACCACCAACCGGAGCCUGCUGCAGUGGCUCAAGCUAUGGGACAAGGCCGUGUUCGGCAGGGAGCCGGUGAAGAAGCAGAAAGACCCCAAAACGCAGCUGAGCAACUUUAACAAGAAAACGGGCCGCUUCGAAUCGAACGGCGGUUGGGUGAAGGGCGCAAGGAAGGCUCGGUCCACGCUGAACACCGAGCUGGACGAGCACGGCUGCCCGGUGCAGAAGGUAGCACUGCUGGCUGGCCCACCGGGGCUGGGAAAAACCACCCUCGCGCACACGAUCGCCCGGCACGCGGGGUACGCGGUGCGGGAGGUGAAUGCAUCCGACGAUCGCAGCCCGGAUGCGUUCCGGCUGGUGCUGGAGAACGGUACGCAGAUGAAAUCGGUGCUGAACGAGGAGCGGCGACCGAACUGUAUUGUGCUGGACGAAAUCGAUGGCGCGCCGGUGGCGGCAAUUGAGUUUUUGCUUCGAUUUAUCGCUGGCAAUGUCGGUGCUGCGAAGGCGGCGGGAGCGGCUGGUGGUGGUGGUGGUGGUGUGAAGAAGACGGGCAAAGCGGCACGCGACAAGUUUGUGCUGAAGCGUCCGAUAAUUUGCAUCUGCAACGAUAUGUACGCACCGGCGCUGAGGCAGCUGCGCCAGGUAGCGUAUGUGGUAAACUUCCCACCGACGGAAGGCGUACGGCUGGCAGAAAGAUUGCUCGUGAUCGCGAAGAAGGAACGCAUCAAGACGGAUCUUACCUCGAUGCUGGCGCUGGCGGAAAAGACCGGCAACGAUGUGCGCGCCUGCCUAUCGAUGCUGCAGUUCUUUGCCUGCGCGAACAAACCGAUUCGCCUGACGGAUGUGCUGAAGUGUAACGUUGGGCAAAAGGAUCGCCACAAGGGCCUGUUUAGCAUAUGGUCAUCGAUAUUUCAGAUCCAACGACCGAAGAAAACGAUUACGGUGGACGCGAACGCCACGGUGACGGAGAUGGUGACGCUCACCGACAUGUCCGCCUCGACCCGUAUGUCCACCGUGCUGCAGGUCGUGCAGAUGGCGGGCGAUUACGAGCGCCUCACGCAGGGCGUGUACGAAAACUAUCUCCACCAGAAGAUGCCGGACGCGGACAUGUGCGGCGUGGCGGAGGCCACCGAGUGGUUCAGCUUCAACGAUCGGCUGCAGCGGGCGAUUAAUCAGCUGCAGAACUACGCCAUCUAUCCGUACCUGGCGUACGCGUUCGUCAUGUGGCACUAUCUGUUCGCUACCCUGGCCUGGCCAAAAAUCAAUUUCCCCAGCAAAGGAUACGAGCAUUCGCAAAAGCUAGCCAGCACGAAGCUAAUUAUGACCGGGCUGCGGAAGGGUUUGUCCGCCCACCUGAAGGGCAUUGGCGAGGGUGCGGCCGUACUGAUCGAUACGAUACCGAUGCUGAAGCGUGUGAUCAAUCCAACGCUACGCUCCGUUUCGUUGCAGCUUUUAUCUCAAAAAGAAAAAUCCGACCUCACACACACGGUCGAGGUGAUGGCAGACUUUGGGCUGAACUACAUCCAGCUCAAAACGCCCGAAGGCACGUACCAGUACCAGCUGAACCCGGAUCUCGAUCAGUUGUGCAGCUUCGGUGGCGGCGCGACCGGCCAAACCUCCACCUACUUUGGCAAGCAGAUCGUUUCGCGGGAAGUGGAGCUGGAGCAGAUGCGUCGAGCACAGCCGAAGAUGCUGGAAGAAAGUGCAGGCAGGGGCGGACGCGCUACCGCUGCCGGCGCAAAACCGGGCAAAGGUUUGGCAAACGGUUGGCACAAAGAAAAUGCGGCACCGGAGCAAUCGGGCAGAAAGGACGGGGCGGGUGGAAGGGGAACGGCGGGCGAAAAGUCAUCGCCCGAGCUGCCAAAUCAUCUGCGCACCCUGAAGCCGAAGCAAAUUGUGCAGAAAACGAAGCAAGUGGUUUCGAAGGACUUUUUCGGUCGAAUUUGCACGAAGGAAACGGCCCUGUCGGUGAAGGAGGGUGGAACCGAUGCCAUUGUAAAGAGUCCCAUUUGGUAUCGAUACAAGGAAGGUUUCAACAAUGCAGUGCGGAAGGAUGUAACGCUACAGGACUUGAUGUGAGGAGCCGGAGGAGUGUGUUUAAAAAUAGUAAUUUAAUAAACCGAAACAUAAAUGCUAAGAA